AGAGGAGAGUGGAGCUCCUCCAUGGUGGUCGUCGUCGUCGUCGUUAUCGCCGCUAUUGACGUCGUUCUCCCAUUACCGCCAAGCGGCUUUACGCGGCUCGCGAGCGGAGCCGGCGACCGCGCGCAUUCGAUGUCGAGGAACCGCGUUAAUUCGGGGAGCGAACGGGCAGUAAAAUGAAAGUACUGGCGGAAUCCGACACUCGCGGACAACGAGCAACAGGCAGCCGGCGAGAGAGCACGGAGGAGACCCCUAUCAGAGGUGCGUGUGUACAGGGCCUCGCGGUCUCAUCGUAGCUCCCGAAGCACGGCUCCGUGGCUUUCGCGUCGCGUCGCAGACGUUCGCGCACGUGAACCUGGAUAUCGCGGCUGGGGCUCGAGCCAAACACACCGACGCCACCGUUGAUACGGACUCGAAUGCCACCCGCGAAUUGCACACUCAGCCCCUCGGUCGCGAUCGCGUAACUCCUCUCCGCGAAGCAAAGACGACAAGGGUUGCUUCUUCUUCAUGCUUCAAGAGCCCAAAGGCGUUAACGGCACAUGUGGACACGCCGGCGGCUCUGAGCCCGCAUGGCUGCACUGCUGCCAGGAGUCGGGCCUUCAAGCCAGGCCUCGUCACUGCACACAACACUCAUUAAGGACGGCGCCCCGGCCUCCUACCUCCCAGCCAGCGUGGGAGGGGAGGCGCCCACGUGCGGCUACCGGGAGCACUUUGUGCAGCCGCCCGAGGACAAGUACCGCUGCGAGCUGUGCCGCCUGCCCCUGCGCGACCCCCGGCAGACCGAGUGCGGCCACCGCUUCUGCGAGCCCUGCAUCCGGCCCGUGCUCAGUAAAGCAACACCGGCAUGCCCAGUAGACAAUGAACUCCUUCAGCCGGACAAGGUGUUCCGGGACAACUGCUGUCGCCGGGAAAUCCUCGCCCUCCGCGUUCACUGCCGGAAUGACACCGCCGGCUGCACGCAGAUCGUUGAGCUCGGCAAACUACAGGAGCACAUGGCGGUGUGCGCGCACGAGGCCGUGAACUGCCUGCACACCGGCUGCACGGAACGGCUGCUGCGGGGCGAGCUGGUGAACCACGUGGCCUCGGGAUGUCACUUCCGUACCGAAUCCUGCCGCUACUGUAAUCAGCAGGUGCCCCUCGCCGAGAAGAGAAAACACUACGAGACGCGCUGCCCCCGGUACCCCAUCCCGUGCCCCAACAAGUGCGAGGAGCAGAGCAUCGCGCGCGAGGAGCUUGUGUCUCACUUGGGCAUCUGUCCGUACAAGCAAGCGGAAUGUUUCUUCAGUCAAUUUGGUUGCAAAUACAAGGGCACGCUCCAGGGCCUCAAGGAGCACGAGUCGGGCGCCACCCAACAGCACCUGUCCCUCGUGACGGCACGCAGCGCCAACCUGGAGCUCAAGGUGUCCAUGCUGCAGUCUCAGCUGGCGGAGAGGGCCAACAGUGCGGAUAUUCUGGGGACUCGUGUGCGGGAGCUGGAGAAGGAGCUCAUCUCCGUGGGGCAGACGGCCAGCAAGAACGAGUCGCGCCUCGGGCACACGCAGCGCAUGCUAGCCGUGCAGACGGAGCGGCUGCUGCGCCUGCAGGAGUCGAUGCAGGGCACGACGCGGCGCGCCGACCACGACGCCCUGCGCGGCGACCUCGACGGCACCGCGGCCACGCUGCACGAGCUGGGCACGCGCGUAGCCGCCAUCGAGGAGACGGGGGGCAGCGUCACGCACUCGUCCACGCCCACGCGUCUCGCCGCCCUGGACUCGGCGCUGAGCCGCCACGAUACGCAGCUGUUCGCGCACGACACUCGCCUCGCCGAGAUGGACCUGCGCUUCCAGGUGCUCGAGACGGCGAGCUACAACGGCAAGCUGGUGUGGAAGAUCCGCGACUACGCGCGGCGCAAGCAGGACGCGGUGAGCGGCCGCACGCUCUCGCUCUACAGCCAGCCCUUCUACACGUCGCCCUUCGGCUACCGCAUGUGCGCCCGCGCCUACCUCAACGGGGACGGCGUGGGCCGCGGCACGCACCUGUCGCUCUUCUUCGUGGUGAUGCGCGGCGAGUACGACGCGCUGCUGCCGUGGCCGUUCCGCCAGCGCGUCACGCUCACGCUGCUCGACCAGGGCGCGGCGAGGCGCCAGCUGUCCGACACGUUCAAGCCGGACCCGGCGAGCAGCAGCUUCCGGCGGCCGACGUCCGACAUGAACAUCGCGUCGGGCUGCCCGCUGUUCGUGUCGCACGUCGCCCUGGAGAGCGCCUCCUACCUGCAGGACGACACCAUCUUCAUCAAGGUGGUGGUGGACACGAGCGAACUCGGGGACCCCUAGGCGGGGGAGGCCUGUGGGGGGCUGGGGGCGGUUGGGAAGCCCCCCCCCCCCUUCUCUCCCCACCACCGAAGAGCUUGCGCUUCACGUGGGGUCGCACGGCACCACGGAGACGGGGACGUCCCACCAGCCUGUGGGGUGUGAACGAUUUUCACGAAGUCGUAGGCUGGUGCUUUAGACAGUGGGCCUCCUCCAGAGAAGAGAGAUUUGAUUUGUAGUUGAGAGAUUGAGGUUACUACAGCUGCUGUGGUGGGGCCUUGAGAAAACUGUAAAAAUUCUGAGAAAGUUGAAUUGACGAUGAGCAGAUUUACAUUCAGGAAAACGAAGGUGUGUUCAAUCCUGAUGGAGAGAAAACAUCAGCCAAAUAUAAAUGUUUUUCCCUGGGGCCGUGCACUACUACCCACAUAGCCGCUUGACGUUGAGUUCAUCUGACAAACGAUUCGCGUGAAAUGAGACUAAAGUUAAUAAUGUCAUCUCAAAACGUUGUAGAUUUAAAACUCACCUCUAGGAAACAGGCGAAUUUUUUUUUCUUUUUUUAUUCGCUCAUGUGAACAAGGGCGAGUGAGUGACCUUGCGACCCAGGUAGCCCUGUGGGGGGGUCACAGUGCACGAAUUGCAAUUAAAAGGUUAUUAGUUCAAACCCACGGCCAGGGUCCACCCAGUAAUUAUUUCCUGCAAGGUAGAUAAAAAUAGGUACCGCUUUGUAGGAAAGAGGACGUUUAUUUACCCUUUGCGUUAACUUGCUCCUUCGGCAACGAUAUUGAAGCUACACCACUGGCUGAGGGAUAUAAAAUGAGAUGAGCCAUACCUCGUUCUUGCUUCAACUGGACACAACUUUGACCGUUUCCAAGUCCCCUCGAAGUGCAAUACAUCGAUCUUACAAGACUUAAAAUUCCCUCCCGGAAGACCCUUUUUUGUCUCGCUCCUAAAACCGCUUGCUCACAGCUCAAGUCGCUUCAUCGUCACUCGAAAAACGUUUUUCCCCUGGAGUGAUUCUCUCUGUCUGUGGAGGAGACACGUGGAAGACAAUGAGAGCCAGGUCCGGUCAGUGUGUGUGGGUUUUCUACAGAAUGAUCCAGGUUUCUCCAUGAUUUUUCUCCAGAUUUCUAUGAAAUUUGUCAGAUUUUUUGCUUUUUUUUCAUUAUUAACACUCAAAACGAGAUGAUUUCAACACCCGUAAAACGUAUUUUAUUGCUAUGCAAUUUUGUAAACAUUCACCCGUUGUUGCAGCUCCACUCGCUAUAUGUGUAACUUCAUUCAUCACUUCUUGUCUGCAGCCCCGUUGGACACGGCUGUUGAGGUGGCUUCGUGCUGUAGACACGGUCCAAUUUGACACGUAGGCUUUCGCGACCAAUACCAUCCAUAAUACAGGUUUUUUUCGGUUAGAUGUGAUCCCAUCUACCCAUCUAUUUAAGGAACGAAACAGGAGGUCUUCUCCACAAAUCUGGCUGUCGCCUGGUGAAACUAGUUGUUAUUAAUGUGCAAAAUGUCAUAGUCGGAUUGUAAAUGGUGUGGCUUUGCACAACACACCGGUGUGCUGUACUAGUAACGAAUUGGCACGUUCUGUUUACAUGACAAACCUUACUAGUUGGCUGUAUUAGGUGGUGGCGGGUUUAACGACACUUUUAUAUAUUUACGCGAUCUAAUCCCAAAAAAACUCUUAUGGAUGGUCCAAUUUCACUCUCGUAAUCGGGCACCUGUGCCCCUCUGGCCCUGUGUAGUUGCACUGCCUCUACGCCCAACAGCUACGCCACUCACCCCGCCGUCGCAUCCCCCCCCCCUCUUCUUGACCAACCUAACCCAGCUGCAAACUCAGCUGCUCUCUAACCCUGCUCAGCUGUUGCCAGCGAGCGUCGCAAUCAGGUCACACGUUUAAAUGCCGGCUGGGCGUCAGUGCGUCGUCCGUUCACGAUAAAAACUGAAACACCCCCCCCCCCCUCACUUCACGGGGAAGAGUCAAUAGCAACGUUUGUACGGAGAGACUUGCCCCGUCAUAAGAAUGUGGAAGUUUUACGGAAAACAGCGGCUCGCGGCUGCCAAGGGUGAUGAAUGUCGCCAGAGGCCCGUUUUGAGCCAACACUUGAACAUUUUAUUCCAUUCAGGGAAUGGACGUUGUGGUGUAAAUAGUUUGUGUUUGGGUGUUCUUAUUCCAGCCUUCAAAUGGCUCGUUUUUUUCCGACAAAAGCUAUGGGUCUUGACAUGACAUUUGUUUUAUAAGGUGGUAGUGGUGGUGAUGAUGAUGAUGACGUCUUCACGGCAUGUUGCGGUUAUUCGUGCAAUGCUGCGUGACGUUGUGUUUGAACCGGCUACUGCUCGACUAGGAGGUGAACAAUUGUUAUCUCUUGGUGACCCAGAUGCUCUUGAUGGUUUUUUUUUACACAGAUAUAAAUAAAUAUAAGUAAUUUUUAUACUUUUUUCCGUACGUUAUUGCGACCUUUAAUGAUCUUGAAAAUAUUUUGUAAUAAGUUGUAUUUAUUUAAUUGUAACUGUGUACAUUUGUCUACAUUUGUGCUUGUUUCACCGACGAUAUCACGAAUUAUCUUACAGACACAGAAAAGCAUUCUUAUUUCCAGAUCUCCCUCCAAAGGAGCGAGAAGCUUAUGUCGAUGCAGGGAGUGACCGGAAGAGAAACUGCGGGCGUUCAUCGGGCAUCCAUCAACGGUGUAUCUUACCCCAAACCAUGAGCACUAUGUUGCACUUUGCUUCGCUGCGAGAGUGGGACGGUUGUUCGCUCGGCACCAUUCUGCCGAAGAAAGUGGUCGGUAAAUGGGCUUCGCUGAAUUGACUGUUGUAUUAGGGUCGACUCAGCCCAUCAUUCCCUUCAGGGUUGAUAUAAAAAAACAGUCCCAAUUUAUUGACAGUUUCCAAGAGUAGUUUUCCUGUGGAUGACUUUACUUCCCGCAGAAUACACUGUAACCUUCGACUUGAUGUUGGUCACUCGAGUGAGACCGGACAAUUGAAACUGGGCGCUCUUUCUGAAACCCUGAUGUCACGGUUCGUUGUAUUUUCGAACAGUCAACGUUCGGCAUCGGCUUGUCGGCCACAGCAUCACAAAGUCUCUACACGUGUAACCACCAAUCUCUACCUCUCGUCUACGGGUCUCGUAUCUCUCUCUUGUUUAUCUAAUUUCUCUAUCGCCAAUCUUCUUGUCUUACCUACAGCUGUGUCAUCUGUAUCUAUUGUUAAUAUCUCAUCUCACCCAUCUUUAGAUCUGUGUCUCGGCGAACCGUAUAGCACAGCGGGCCACUUGCAAGGUCCUAAUUGUGAGCCUGAUGUGGCCCGGUGAAAGUACCCUGCCUCAUAUCACUGGCUUCAGCUCCCAGCUAAUGUCAUUGUACAAGAGGCUUACUGGCCAGGCCUUCUGUCUUGGGUGACUAGUGAGUAUGUGGAGGGGGAGAAUGUGGUAUUUCGCACGGCGCACUGACAUUACCAACGUGUCUCUCACUGGUUAUCAGCGAACUCUUGUCUGUCGGCUUCAGUGUGUUUGUGUCAUUUAAGCCCAGAGGAAGCGGAGGAGGGUUGGUCCUGUAAAUGUAUGACUUUAUUUAUCAAUCCGGUUUUAAGGUUUGUUUUGGUUAAUUAAUUUGUUUUUAAUUGGUCGAUGAAAGGAAACCGUCACGGCCGCAACGUGUGGAGCAGGAGUGUCACAUAUUGAACACGCGGCAGCUAUUUAUGGGAUGGGGACUUGUGCAGAAUUGUCUCCGAUAUUAAAGUAGGGUAACUUAAAAUACAACCGCUACAAGUGACUAUUAAAACGAUGGUGUUUUACAUCUGUUUGCAAUGUGUGCAUGUGUGUUGCAUAACGUUUACAGUUACACAUUUAACUUGCAGCUCGUCGUCGUGAGAAUUUACAAGAAAUGCAUUAAUCACUGACUGUUGACAAUAAAAUCUACGUGUAGUUUGUUUGUCCGGGAAAGCC